CUCCCGAGAGAAUAGUCUUCUCUUUCGCAGCCAAAACAACAACAAAAAAUACAAAUUCUCACUCUAAAUUCUGCAGAAAAAAUAUGGAUCAUGGUCAUGACAUGCCAGGAAUGGGAGGUAUGACUCCAUCAUCAACCAUGAACACCACGAACUCAACGAUGAUGCACCACCAUAAGAUGAUGAUGCACAUGACAUUUUUCUGGGGAAAAAACACUGAAAUAUUAUUUUCCGGUUGGCCCGGUACUAGAACCGGAAUGUAUAUUUUAGCUUUGAUUCUGGUUUUUGUGGUUUCGUUUCUGGUCGAAGGAUUAUCUCAUUGUAAACUGAUUAAAUCUGGUUCGACUCAUGUUGUCGCCGGUUUGAUUCAGACUUUAUUGCAUACAAUUAGGGUUGGUUUGGCUUAUAUGGUAAUGUUGGCUGUUAUGUCAUUUAAUGGUGGUGUGUUCUUGGUGGCUGUGGCUGGUCAUUGUCUUGGGUUCUUGAUUUUUGGAAGUAGGGUUUUCAAGAAAAGUGUUCCUCCGGGUAAAACAUCCGAUCUUCCUCCGAUGAGUUGUUAAUUAUUAUUGAUCUAAUUAUUAAUUAUAAGUUUGAGAUCGGUUUCGGUUUGAAUUUUGGAUUUAGAUUUGUGGUUUCAGAUUCUCUAAAAUCUAAUUUUAUUAGUGUUUUUCUCUCUUUUUAUUUGUCUCAUAAUAAAAAAAUUCACUUGUAAAAAUUAAAUAUGAAUGGAUGUUAUUACUAUUUACAA